AUGUCCGGUUACCCAAAUCAGUCUCUCAAUUAUGGUUACGGCUACGGCGCACCGCCGCCAUCCCAGUCCUACGGCGCACCGCCUCCAUCCCAGUCCUACGGCGCACCGCCGCCAUCCCAGUCCUAUGGCGCACCGCCGCCAUCUCAGUACGGCGCUCCUCCACUCGGUCAGUCAUACUCCGCCAGCCCCUACGGACAGCCGUCGGCUCCGUACGCCGCUCCUCAUCAGAAACCCCCAAAAGAAGAAUCACACUCCAGCGGCGGCGGUGCAUACCCUCCGCCGGCACAUGGGAGCCCGUUCGCGGCACUGCUGCCAUCGACAUUCCCUCCUGGAACUGAUCCUAGCAUCGUGGCGUGCUUCCAGGUGGCGGAUCAGGAUGGAAGCGGUUUGAUCGAUGACAAGGAAUUGCAGAGGGCUCUGUCUUCUUACAACCAGAGCUUCAGCUUGAGAACUGUGCACCUCCUCAUGUAUCACUUCACCAACACCAGUGUUAAGAAGAUAGGACCCAAGGAGUUCACUUCUCUGUUUUACAGCCUUCAGAGCUGGAGGGGUAUAUUUGAAAGAUUUGAUAAGGACAGGAGUGGUAAAAUAGAUUCAAAUGAGCUGCGAGAUGCACUGUUAAGUUUGGGUUAUGCUGUUUCUCCUACGGUAUUGGACUUGCUUGUCUCCAAGUUUGACAAAACUGGUGGCAAAAACAAGGCUGUUGAAUAUGACAAUUUCAUUGAGUGCUGUCUCACUGUAAAGGGACUAACUGACAAAUUCAAGGAGAAGGAUACUGGGUAUACUGGCUCUGCAACAUUUUCCUAUGAGGCGUUUAUGCUGACUGUCCUGCCAUUCCUGGUAGCAUAG